GCUAAAAAGAGGUAAAAAAACAGCCGAAACUCUGGCUCCCACACAGUUGAGUGUAGGAAGUGUGUCCGACAGUUUGGAGACAUCGCAGGACAGCAUGGACAACGGAGAUGAUUCUGCGUCAGCUCAACUGGAAAAGAGCUCGUCCUCGUCUACCAAUGGCGCACCGAAUCCACGUAAACCUCCAAAUUGCGCGCGAUGUCGCAACCAUCAGCUGAAAAUCGCUGUAAAAGGGCACAAAAGGUACUGUAAGUAUCGUUACUGCACUUGCGACAGCUGUAAGCUCACUGCAGAUCGGCAACGGGUGAUGGCGAGACAAACUGCGCUGAGAAGAGCCCUGGCACUUGACGAGCGGAGAGUCAGAACAGAUGAUGAGCAGGUGGAUCCACUGCCAUUCGGGGCGGAAGAUCGACUUCCUUCGGUCCUUCAACCAGCUAGAAGUCUCGAGGGUAGUUAUGAUAGCAGCAGUGGUGACUCUCCUAUCAGCAAUCAUGGCAAUAACAGCGUGCACAACAACCUAAAUGUCAUCACCGUAUCUACUUCCAGAAAAUUACCGUCGAUGCACCCUCACACUGGUUCGACCACCCAUUUACCGCAGUCGCAGAACGGCGACAGUGUGGAAAUUCUGCUGGAGUAUAGUACCAAACUUCUAGACCUCUUCCAAUAUCCUUGGGAAAUGCUACCAUUGAUGUACGUCAUUUUGAAAGACGCUGGAGCUAACCUCGAAGAGGCUGUAAGGCGCAUAAUGGAAGCCAGCAAUGACAUUCGUACAAUGCACUUUUGGAAAGCGGUGAGAAUGGUGCAAUCAGGUCGGUCGUAUUGUUGCACGGGAUACACAUCUACAGGAGCACCUACUUACGAGGGGCAGGUACCCUAUAUAGGAGUUGCACCACCUCCGAGUGCUAUGCACCUCAGGCCGAUUUUGCAUCCUUUGAAUGCUAAUAUUCCGCCCGCCAGAGUACCGCCCAGCCCUGAUAGUCCUCCAGAACAUUCUACUACGUAGCCAUGAUCGAUUACCGACCAGUCGGUGAAGUAAAACGACUGGAAGAACAGGUCGAAUCCAAAGAGAAACGACGUCGUGUUAAAGCCAAGAAAAGAGGAGGGCUCCUGUUAAAGGAGGAUCGUUCAACAGCGGAGAGAAAACGUUACUCCGAAGCGUUCUUUCGUUCGUCUUUGCUCUCGUCGUUCCCCGAAACGUUCGAAUCUCGACACCUGCACUGUCUCACGAAACGAACGAAAUUCCCGAUUAACCGGAACGUGUGUUGUUUUACUUCUCGGACGGUUAUCUCUGGACUACGAGUUACUCGGUUCACUGAGUGAUUCCCAUUCGGCGAAGACGUCCGAUUUUUUUUCGAACGAGCCAUCGAAAAUCGGCGAUCACGAACGGGCGACUAAACUUCUUCCUGAUCCGAAACACUUCGCUCGAAAGGGACCUGCUCGAGAGGAUCGUGGUUCGUCGUUUACAAACUAACGACGAGAAGGAAUCGCUGUCUCAAGGUUGUCUUCGUUCGGGCAACAACGUCGCGAUUCGUGCUCAUGUUUCGAACACGAAGGGAUCCAGCCGCAAACAAAUCGGGAGAGAGAAAGAGAGGGAGAGACUACGUUGUAUUCGGCAUAGGCUUCGCGUUAUUUCUCUCUUCUUUCAUUUGAUUUUUUCCCCUCGCUGACCAAGAGAACAAGAAAAUUAUGAAACGUUUUUGUGAGUGGUUCGUGGAGUUCACGGACAACGUACACCUCGGGCAUCCCUCGUCCUUGCACGUCCUUCGGUUCGUUGAUCGAAUCUGUCUCCCUGCCUCUCUCUUUUGUCUUCUCUCGGUUUUUUUUUCUCUCUCUCUCUCUCUAUAUAUCUUUCAAAUCGCUACUCUUUUUUUUUUAGCUAAAUAUUCGCUCUGUGGAGCACGGAUCGACGUUGUCAAGAUACGAAACAGGACACGCCCGUACAAUUACAAAAGAUGCGCGUCGCCGACCGGUUACAAGAAUCCAGUUACCCGUAAAACGCCCGAUUGCCCCACGGUUUUCACGAUGAUCGAGCAUCGAUCGUAUAGGGUAUAUAUAGAUCCAGCCAGAAUUCUUUGGCUUAUAGGUACUUUGUAAGGCGUGCUUACGCCCGAUAACCCCAUAAGGGGAUCCGGCCGAGGAGCGUUGAUGAUGACUACCAUGAUGGCCGGCCAGACGCGGCCUCCAGGGGACUCGUUUUCUACCCCCUUGCCGUAAAGGAAAUUUCGAAACUGGAUCCCAUGAACAAUCACGAGCGUGUCUCUUGAGUCGAUGUUUGUUACACGAGGGCGUUCACGAGCGACGUAAAUAACCGAAACGUACAAAUUGAUUCGGCGAACGUUAAUAUCUGUGUUUGCACGAACGCGUAUCGAGAGAGCGGAAUCGAGUAACAAUUCGUGUGAUUUAGGUAAUCGCGAGGCUUCUGGAGAACACCAUGGGAGAAACACUUAGGUGCAUGUACGAUUCAAACAAGCUUGUUAUAUAUUGGUAUUAAAACUUCGUCCUCGAACUUCGAAACUCUGACUGGUUUUUUAUAGUUAUCAACUUGCAAUCGUGGUUUUAUUCGAUUCAAAUUAAACUGGUCGCACACCUUGACUUGAUUUAAUUCAUUCAGCUAAUAGGCGAAUUAAGGCUAAUGUAACUUGCGAUCCGAGAAUAUUGAACGCGUUUCGUUUAUUUUCAUUCGAUACCUCGCGCGGAAAUGAAAUUUUUCAAUCGAAUUAAACAUGUUUCUUACAGUGAUUGCUAGACGUGCAAUCAACUUUAACCUUUUCGCUGCGGUAUAUGUUAUUUAGUAUCGUAUUAUUGUAAUCUUUAUUACCCGUGGUGAUGUUCUUCAGGGAAAUCUAUAGCGAACUGUGGCUUAACUAAUUCAGCAUCUCGAUAGAUAACAGCGUACGGAUUUCUGACAUGUGGAUACAGGAUGUACCAAAAAUUAUGAUACAAGUAAUGAUUCUGUGUGCAAAAAUAAAUCGAGGAAACAUAAUAUUUGUUUAUAUGUGCCUUCGAUUUUCAGAAAAUUAAAUUUGAAAAUUGCUGAAAUUAUUUGUGAAAGAAUUGCCAUAAUGAAAAUCAAUUUUAACUCUUGUUUGAUA